AUGUCCAAGCUAGAUACGCUUCUCGCAAUGGUGGACAGCCUUAGCACCAAAUCUGACCGCAUCGUGUCGUCUAUAUGUGAGUCCAACGACCUUAUUGGUCUGAUCCUCGAAGUAAAUGGGUCUAUUGCUGCAGCAGACUCGGAAAUCGAUACCAUGACAGAACUAAUCAACAAGAAUAAUAUCUGCCUUAACGAAUUCGAAAAACUCCACGAGAAAUCCUUUUUCUUGGACUCCAAUCUCCAUCUCAAUCAGCUCUAUACCAACGAAACAAGCUUGAGUAACUUGAAUAAAGAAUACUCAUAUCUUUUAACUUCGUUUGGGCAUCAAAAUGUCCGCCAUUUGAGUGAUCAACCUCUUACGGAGGCCCCUCUUGUGGUUGAGGAUAAGAAAUUGAAGAACGCCCUUUCGAUCUCCAAUUUGGAAUUAAAACCUAUUCGGUGCCGAAAUGCAAAGGUCACCAAACAGAAGUCUCGCUACAGGCUCUCAGCAGCGUAUACGCUCAAUCCUUUGCAAGAAAACCCGAACCGAGACUUCCUGAGAAGUUCCCAUGAGACAAACUUUUCGAGUAUUAUGGAGAACAAAACAAUUGACUCCUCCGAUACGUCAAUUGGCGAAGAUACUUCUAAAAUACAUCAUGAAACGUUCAUCGACCAUGAGGAUUUCAACAAUCUUGAAGACACAUUCGAAAACCAAACUUCGCCCAAGAUUCAAGAAAGACUGUUUACAUUUGGAGCCAUGAGUCCGGUCAAUAUGAAUUAUGUGAACCUAGACGACUUGGAAGAAUAUGACUUCAAUCUUUCGGACGUUUCACCGUCGUCAUCCGAAGAACUUGAAAAUUUCCAUAAGUAUCUUCGUCAAUCUCGUGUGGACCUACGCACGGCAUUUCCAGCACCCCUUCAGAAAUCUCGAUCUCAUGAUUCGGUCUUCUCUGGAGUGAAAAUACCUACCCAGCAACCUCCACCACCGAAGUUCCACAACCCUGCAAUAAUGUUGAAGUCUCACGCAAAGGAGACCAUCAAUCAGCCUACAGUGGAGACUAUAUACUCCAGUUCGAGCAAAUCCAACAUGGACAUGGAUAUUCUUCCGGCUAUGUCACAUUUUAAAGAACACUCCCAACGUUUGCUACAAGAGGUGCAACCACUGACACAGCCGGUGGACAUUCCAGAAUCUCCAACGAAGCUCAAGCCACUCACACCGAGAAGGAAGUCGACAUUCACCAUUUUCAAUCUUUUGAAUUCGCCAAUGGGCUCUCCUAGUGGCUUCAACAAACACUCCACAGAACCUGCUGAACGUGCUCCUCCUCGACGUGGAAGUAUUGACCUUAUGAGCAAGUCGUUUGCGUCUGGACUCAUGAGUCUUGUUGCAAAGUCCGUGGACACGACCGAAAGGGGCAAGAUGGCAGAGAAGACCACCAAAUCGGUACAUUUUUCUCCUCCUGAGAAGAUUAAGAAACUCAAAAAGGGAAUCAGAGACCCUAUUGAAAUUCGCAACGAUAUUCAGAGCAAACGCCUUCCUCCGCCUGAUAGAAAUCUUCAAAAUGGGAGCCAUUCCUCAUUGACGAUCGGACCCGGAAACACGAAGGUCCUAAAUCAUGGAGAAUUUUCCAUUUUCAAGAGACCUACUGUCCGGACCAUGAACCAAUCGAAGCUUCGAGAAGCUCUCAAUGAAUCGUUGUUCAACUAA